AUGUCAAAAUUGCCGACGUCUGCAACAGACCUUCAACGCCGUAGCUGCCGAAGUAAGAAGAAAGCUGCCUAUAGAAAUCAUUGGCAAGAAUCUCCCACAAUAAAUGCGCAAGAAGAACCGGGCUUGUCCUCACCUGCAUCUUCAAACAGUAGGGCAGCUAAUACCUCAGUCACGGCUUUGCCCGCCUCCCAAAGUAACCACGAGUUCAGAAUUCAUUGCUCCACGGGGCUUUUGUACGACGACUCUGCCGCAUACACCGCCCCGGGGGGUAAUCAGAAAGAUUUUCCCUCUGGUACAUGCUCAAUUCAAGGUUCAGUUUCGGAAUCAGUCAAUGCGAUUGCUCUGCCUCGGCCAACUCUUCUAAAAGCUUGGUUCGCCGCAUACAUGACUAACACAUCUCACUACUGUCCUGUUGUCGAUGUUAAGGAUGUCCUUGGACCUGAAGGAGCAUCGAAAUCUUUGAAUCUGGCGGUGUGUAUGGUUGGUAAUAUUAUGCGUCACGAUCCAGAUGGCCCACAAGUUGCUGUUGACUUUUAUCAACAACUGAAGCUUUUUUUGGCAACCGGUGGCGAGGUAGACGCUAUCUCUACCCUUAAAGCGAUAUGUUUGGCGUCCUGUCUCAGCAUUGAACCUUCCAGUCCUAUUCGUCUUCACGGCCCAUUAUAUUGGACGAGUGCCGGUAUCAGUCUAGCUCUUCAAAUCGGCUUACACCGAGAAGCCACUUAUAAGAAUCGAAAGGAUACAUCACACCUGCGGAGGAUCUUCUGGUAUCUUCGGAACAGUGACGCUUUUCUCACAGCGUGCUGGGGCAGGCCACGCCUCUUGCGAUGCAACGACUAUGACACAAAGCCUCCAGAAGCAGAAGAUUUUGAUAAUCCUGGGCUCGAUUCGCUAAUCUUCAUUGAAACAACCAAACUUUGCGAUAUUUUAGAGUUCUUAUCCGACUACUUUGCGGAGCAACAAGGCGCAGCUACUAGCCUGAUCAGCAUGGGUGAUGCCUUGGUGGACUGGAUCAAGCACUUACCACCAGAACUGUGUCUCUAUGACAGAGAUGGCCAUCGAAAACUUUAUUCUCGCCCUGUUUCUGAGCUAUUCAUUCAGUACUUUGUCACAAUUAUUCUGGGUCAAUUACCAAGGCAGAAGCAAAAGGAACACUUGCCCCCACCAUCAAUUUCGUCGUUUGUAGCAGCUUCCUGCGCCGUGGAGCUUUAUGACGAAAUUAAUUGUCGAGACGAUAGCGUGUCCCUUCUCCCUAUGCACGGUCAAGGAUUCAAGCACAAGGGCCGAGGCGAGGCGGCAGAGGAUGAUUGGAGUGCUUCGUUCGGUCCUGGAACGUAUGCGAGGAAGAUAUGGAGACGCUGA